UAAAGUUGUUUUCGGAAAGGUGUUUGCUUGAGAAAAUAACAUCCGUUAAGGACAUGGACGGCGCUCAAACGGUACUACUGCAUCGUGAUGCGGCAUUCUGCAAUGCUCCAAAGUGAGAACAUUUCGUUGAUGAAGAAGAGUUGACGACUCGAGAUCAUUGCACGCUGCCAACCAAUCAGCACGCGCCCCUUCUUCGCACGUCACGACUCCGCUGACCAGUGAGCGCGCGCUCUGGGCUACAUAAGCCGCCUUCUCCUCCCCGCCUGUGAGAAUCUUUGCCCUCACCAAGCCAUGGCUCGCACCAAGCAGACGGCUCGCAAGUCCACGGGCGGCAAGGCCCCCCGCAAGCAACUCGCCACCAAGGCGGCCCGAAAGAGCGCUCCGGCCACGGGCGGCGUCAAGAAGCCUCACCGCUACAGGCCCGGCACCGUCGCUCUGCGCGAGAUCCGCCGCUACCAGAAGUCCACCGAGCUGCUCAUCCGCAAACUGCCCUUCCAGCGCCUCGUCAGGGAGAUCGCGCAGGACUUCAAGACCGACCUGCGCUUCCAGAGCUCCGCUGUCAUGGCUCUGCAGGAGGCCAGCGAAGCGUACCUUGUCGCGCUCUUCGAGGACACCAACCUGUGCGCCAUCCACGCCAAGCGCGUCACCAUCAUGCCCAAGGACAUUCAGCUCGCCCGCCGCAUUCGUGGCGAGCGCGCUUGAACGCCCAGCUCGGCCCUCAAAGCACAACACAAAGGCUCUUUUCAGAGCCACCACUUACUCGUGAGAAAGCUUCCAUGUGUGUCCUUCAAAGUUCGGGUGCCGGAAACCUUCGUUUGCUGGUCACGGCUCUCACGAGUCGUCAGGCGUAAGCGACAAUGAAGUUCAUUUCUAUACCCCGCCGCUCAUUCUGCAACAUCACACGUUGGUGUUGUG